AAGGCAGCGUCGUGCAUAGAGCAGCACUUCGCCAUUUUUGGGUGCGGAGGUCGGAGCAACGCUGUGCAAAGGUUGGCACCUGGAUGCUGUCCUGCUGCCCGCAGCGAGAAGAUGGGAGAUUUCUGCAGGAGGCUGUGGGUGCUCCAGGCCAACCUCUGGCUGAUGGCUGUGGCUGCAGGUGGGAUCCCAACAGACGGGAACAGCACCAGUAACAGCACAGGCAGCAGUUGCUUCGGGCUGUGGCAGCAACCACGCUACAUGGCUGCCAAGAAGAACACACCCGUCCACUUCAUCUGCUACACCCGUCAGCCCCACGCCAUGCAGUGGUACAAAGCGUCGGUGGAUGGAGAGGAGUUCCACGCGCUGGAUCAGAGCUCCGAUCGCUUCAGCAUCAAGAAUACAAAUGAUUACAUCAACUUCACCAUCUUCAGGAUCAGCUACGAGGACAACGGCAUCUACGUGUGCGACAGCAAGAACCUCACAGAGGAGAAGAGGCAGCCAUACUUGUGUGGGACGGAGCUCAGAGUCAUGAGUCGCAGCAACAUCCAUCAGAUCCAGAACAGGAACACGCUGAAGGACACCAUCAUCAUCAUCCAGACCAUCCUGCUGGUCAUCUUCAUCAGCGUUCCCAUGCUCCUCUUCCUAGAAAAGGGUGACGGAAAGGAAAGCCCCGAGGAAGACCACACCUAUGAGGGCCUGGAGGUGGAGCAGAUUGCCACCUACGAGGACAUCACUCCUUUCCGGGACGUGAAGGCCAAAUGGACAGUCGGGGAGCACCCAGGAGAGGAGUGAGGGGUGCUGCACCCACCACCAGGAUGGCACCAGCAGCACCACCCCAUGGCAGCACCACACUGGUGCCACCACGGACUUCCAGGGUCCUGGUGCCACCACGGACCUCCAAGGACUUGGUGCCACCACGUCCAGCUGCCUUGUACAGAGCUCAGGUCCUGCUGCCUCUCAGCUCUUGCUUGGUCGCAUCCAAGCUGUGCAAGCGAGAUUGUUCUGCCCUGGCUGCUGCCCAUCCUGCCCCACCGCUGAACCCCAAAACCCUACAUAGAUAUUAGGAACCAACCUCAGAGCCCAGCAGCCCCAAAUGCCAGGCAGCCCCACACCACGGUGCUGAGCUGUGGCAUGGUUAAUGCCACCAAGGUGCUAUGCUGGUGACCCCACGGACGCACACAGUUCCCCCCCAUGCUGCAAGGACCCUGCCGGGCUGUGAGACCCCACCACCACCCCCGUGCUCCUGGUAGGGGAGCCACGGCGAGCAGCACCGUGGGGCUGGUAGAUCUGGGGCCACUGUGUUAUCUCUCAAGCCACAGACACGUCCAGUUGACCAAGCUGGAAGUUGACGAAGUUGGUUGUUGUCUGAGAUGGAGGAUCCUCCACAAGUGCCUUGUUUUAUCCCAUAGACUUGAGAAAAGACCAGGGAGACAGCGGGCACACAGAGGGCUUGCUCCUCUCCAGGCAGGAGCUGUAUCACAGGGAUGUCCCCCCUGGUGAGGGACACUCUUGGAACCAAUGGGAAGGAUGUAAAUAGCGGGACGCAAACGUCCAACUGCUCUUCCAAGUCCUAAUAAAAGUGAUGGGUGAAUUCCCACCUUUGCACACCUGCAGGCA